GCCGACUCAGCCAAAGUAGGUUUCUGGAAAGCUCUUAACAAAAAUAUAUAAAAUGAGGUUAUAACAGGUUAUAAUAAUAAGUGUAAUAAGAAUAGAAAGUAAUUUAUUAUAUUUAUGAGCGUGUUCGUUCGCCUGGAGAGGUGUGGUGUAUAGAUGAAUUAGAUGUAUGGAAGAGCAUUAAGACAAGAGAAAUUAACAUCUUAGUACAUGGAAAUUGGAUAUAAAGAAUUUAAUUGCAGCCUGUGUUAUUAUGUCUGGCAAAGGUAGGGGUAGGGGGUGGCUGCAGUUGAAUAAAUCCCAAGAAGCUAAGAUAGGUUCAAGCACAUUGCACAGUCCCACAAUUUUGGCAAGUCCCAUGAAUGGUGAACUCAGCAGCACCAUGAAUCUGCAAACCAACCCUCAGUAUGACACCAUAAUUCAGACCCUAGCAAAGUUUAAUGAAAAUGAUGAUGGUAUUGUCAUUAACCAGAAGUACAAAUAUCUCACAGAUUGCAUGAUUGAGGAGUGUAAAACACAGGAGCAAGUAAAGGAUUGCUUCCAGUAUAUUUAUGAUCAAGUGUUAAAUGAUGAAACACUUAUAAACAAGUUUUUGAUGCUGGUAACAUUAAAUUCGUUUCGUGAUUUUGUUGUAUGUGAUGUAAAGAUAAGGGCUUUGCUAUUGAACAAUAUGCAAACAAGUUUUAAAGAUGCAGCUACACUCAUGGCCACCAACAAAGAGGUUUUCAUAAAUGCUGUGAAGUUGUUAGGUGGUUUUUACGAUAUAGCGAGAAUGUCUUAUAAUAGUCGAUACUUUGUGCUGACGGUACCCCUAAUCAAAUACCUAGAAAUGCUUCUGGAUUCAGGUACCCCGGAGCAUCUCGAGUUAUUCACGAUAUUAAUUUACAAAACCGGAAUGGGGUUCAUCGAGCACGACGCCGAAAGGAAGACGAAGUACUUCGUAACUAUGCUGAUAAAAAUGAGGAACAUACUGUUGACGAGGACCGAUUUGGAAGAAAUCUCGCGGACGUGGCUGCUCCUAUCUAUGGAUCUGUGCAACAACCGCGUUUUACCAUUGGACCUCCUGAAAUAUUACCAAAAAAUGUUGGGAAAGGCGACUAUACAUAAUUUCCAAAUGUUGAAUGCGCAUCAAAACCAAACAACCACAUCCAAUCCAUCUGGGAAUAGUAAUACUAUCAAGCCACAGCAGCAGCAACAACAACAACAGCAACUCACUCCUCCGAAAACUGGUAGACCCAUAUUGGGCGCGGGUGCUCGUAACAAUAAAAUAGAAGAAAAUCACAUGCGGGGCGGCGAAGAGAGGAAAGAAAAUUCGGGAUCUGCCGACGUGAAACACAAGUCGGGCGGAGGUUACAAUUGGGCGGAUGAGAAACCUCAGCAAAGGAAAUCGCAGAAGAAUAAAGGAUGGCAACACGACGAUCGUUUCGAUACUGAAUAUUAAUUAAUGUUUCGUUUCUGCUGGUUUCGAUUCGUUUAAUAUUUUACAUAGCAGAAUAGGUCGCUACAGUGGCGUGUGUAGUUGAACUGUGCUUCGUAAAUAAUGUUUAUAAAAACUGAAAAAAAUAAUUAUAGAAAACAAUAUCGAGCACAAUUCUCAUAAUUUUUUUGUAAUGAAAUCGCCACGCGUCACUGUUUUCCAACAAAACCUUUAUCACUUGGAGACGUAAAGUAUAUUUGUGCACAGUAAAUAAAUUUUAAUCUCCAUCUUCA